AUGGAAGAUACAAGAACAAUGCUUUAUGAAAUUUAUAAACAAGAAUAUAUUGAAUCAAUACAAAGACUUAUUAAGAGAAAAGAAAAAGAAGAAGAAGAAACAAAAGAAUUAAUGAAAAAAGAACAAAAAGAAAGAGAAGAAGAAAUAGAAAAGAAAGAAUAUACAUGUGAUAUAUGUUAUUCAGAUAUACAAAUUCAAGAUAUGUAUAUAUUUGAUUGUGGACAUAAAUUUUGUUUAGAUUGUUGUUAUGAACAUAUUCAUGAAAAAAUAUUUAAUGGUAUUGUCAAAGUAAGAUGUCCAAAGUCUAUGUGUUGUCAUGACAUAACAUUUGAAGAAAUCUAUCAAAUUAUAAGAAGACAUCAACCAAUAGACCAAGAACUUAUAGAACGAUAUGAACGAUUUAGUAUUCAAGAAUAUUUAAAAAAAGAAAAGAAUUGUAGAUAUUGUCCACGGUGUGGUACAGGUGUAAUAGGAGAUCCAAAUACACCAGAAAUUGAAUGUCAAAAUGAAGAAUGUAAAAAGAAGAAAAUCAAAUUUUGUUUUAAUUGUAAAGAAAUAUGGCAUGAAGGAUUAACAUGUUCACAAUAUCAAGAAUGGAAACGAAUGAAUUGUGAAGCUGAUAAAAGAUUUUUAUCAUGGGCACAAAAAAAUACAAGAAAAUGUCCAAAAUGUAAUGCAACAAUAGAAAAAAAUCGAGGAUGUAAUCAUAUGACAUGUGCUAAUUGUGGGUAUCAGUUUUGUUGGUUAUGUAUGCAAGAAUAUACUUCUUCUCAUUUUAAAAAUGGAAAAUGUAAACAAUACUCAUAA